GAUGAUUGGAUACCUCACUCGAAAUUUGCUGUUUGCCAGAAUCAGAUAUCAUAAGAGCCACAUGAAAAUCCACCGGAUGACACGACGAAGGACUCAACAAAGGAAAAUUCAUGUGACUGCAGAAGAAAAUGUGACAGAGAGUUACUUGGUUGGAGUCAUUGCUGAUAAUGUAAUAGAUUUACUUCCGAAGCAGGAACAAAAAAUCAAAGCCUUAAAAAUCGGACUGCAGAAAGCUCUAAAUGAAGAAAGUAAAUUGGAAAGAGAUAGGCAUCCUACUUACAAAAACAUAUUACAAACACGUGUGUGGAAAUACAGGUUAUGGUGAACUGCUUAGACAAGGAUUUCCCUUGCCGUCCCGCAGCACACAGCAGGCGAAUCGAGCACAUAAAAUUUAGACCUGGCAUUUCAAACGAAAUGUUCUCGAAUUUGGAACAUACAGUAUCAAAUGUUCUAAAUGCUGUUUACAGAGAAAGCUCUGCAUUAAGUGACGAAGUUACAAUUCUUGGAGGUAAAAUGUUGAAUAUACAGACUAAAGAAUACGUCGGUGACAUUACUCUUCCAGCAGAUAAUCGACAAAGCAGAAACCAUAGGGCUAAGAUUUCAUAGUGUAACGUCUGAUAUGGGACCGAAUAACGUUGCCUGCUAGAAUGCGUUUGGAAUCACUGCUGGCAGAAACACUGGAAUAAAAAAAUCGAUUCCUCAUCCGCAUAGGGAUCCUGAUCGUCUCCUUUAAUUAUGUGCAGUUGCGCCUAAUUUACCAUAGGAUAUUCAGGCAGCUUACAAUUUGCCUACAAAUAUUGUAGGUUAACAAAGCAUACAAAAUUUUGAACCCACAAGUGAGCGCUGAAAGUGAGUAUGAAACUAUUGCCUGGUUCUUUGGCAAUGGUGCAAAGUGGUACAGAUUGAUGGCAUCGAGGAAUCUACAAAGUGGUAUCAGCAAAUUCAACUCAUACGAAUACGAGGAAGCAAUUACUUUUCCGAAGGAAAUUACGGAUCUUAUGGGAAGGAUUCGAAUUAGCGAGGCAGGGAUUUUAAAACCUCGUCAAAAAGGAUUCAUGCUGUUUACAAUGUCCGCCAUUGAGCUCAGCGAGCAUUUGCUAAAUAAGAAAGGUUUUUAAUUUGUCCUCACAUUCCGAUUUAGCUAGGAUAUUAUUGAAAACUUAUUUAGCGUAAUUCGUCCAAAGCAUGUUAUGCCUAGUGUUUUACAAUUUAAAUACGACUUGCGAUUAAUUUCCAUUGCGCAGUAUUCUAGGCCCAUUCAUUCAAGUAUCGACGAUAACGACGAAAGCUACUAUCUGAGUUCCUGCAGGAAAAUAAAUGUCAAAGAAAUAUAAUACUAUGAAUAACACAAAUUUUCCAGCUCAAACAAUAAACUUAGAUUUAUCACCAUUAAGGCCAUCUGACGAGAGGGUCAUGUGACCAAUCCUGGUUUUCAAUUUUUCUUUCCCAACUUACGUCUAAACGAAAUGAGGUAUCGCUCUGAAAGUUUGGGAAAUGAAAGAGGAGGUAAUGAAGUACAUGCCUCUGCGUUGUUCCGCUGGAAAUUUUGAGAAAAUUUUUUUUUUUAAGAAAAUACCAGUGGA